GGCAACGGAUAUCUGGCCUAAAUGAGUGAAAUCCGGUGGAAUUUCCAUCAGCAACGGAGCAAUCCCGGAAGUGGAACCUCAAAGAUAUAGACUAACCCUCAGACAACCUGGGGCCUGGGCCAGGGUUUGGUUCCCUAGGCAGUUUUGCUCCUUUUGCUCACUUUGCAACAUUGGUAGUCCAGCCUUAAGUAAAAACACAGACCAGCAGCCAGCAGCAACUGUUCAUACCAUUUGACAAAAAAAAAAAGAAAUCCGUUACACCAACUGUCUCUUAACCAGCCAAGUGAAUGACAAAGUUAACCUUUUAUGAACAAACUCAAGGUGAGUAUAAGUACGGUACAUUCACUGAAAAAAUUUAAAGAAAGUCUUACCUUGCUUAAGCGCAUCUAAGAAUUCAAUCAGUUGAUGACGGAAUACUGUGAAGUUGAUCUUAAACAACUCAGAAGAAACAAGUGUCAGGUUGUUCAAUACAUGUACUGCCAGUUACAGGUGCUCCUCUCUGGUUUUCAAGAAAGAAAAGAAGAAUAAACAAAUAUGAAUACAUUUAAGUAACAAACUACUUUCAAGCAAGAUGCACAAACUUCAGUUACAAGAUAUAGAAGAGGGUUUGAAGAACAUUUGAAGAACAAAACCUUGAAAGUAUUAAAAACAACACCAAAAUAUAAAAUAAUUAAUACAAAGCCAAAAGAUUAAAAACAAAAAAAAAAGACUUAAAAGAGAAUGUUAAAAAAUGUACCCACGUCUGAUGGUGACAAGACUGCAUUAUUACUGUCUGUAAACAACAGGGUCUGUUGGUUAGUCCGAAAGACAAAUGUCUAAAAACUAGAUUCAAUGGCAGAAUACUAAAUAGAAGACUGUUUUAAAGCUACAACUUGUAUAAAAAAUAUUACAUUCUCUCAGGUAUUAAAGGUUUCAGACUUUGACAGGUUUAGGUGAAAUGUUUGUCAUCAAAUUAGAUGCAAUGAGAGCUGUACAUUUCCAUAUGUGGUCCUAGUACUAUUAGAACCCAGCCUGACUGCCAACAUACAGUGACAACAUACUGUGUCACAAUGAAAACAUGUCUAUUGUGCAGAUGAUUUUACAUUAUUCAAAAGGUCAAGAAAACAAGAGCAGGUUACUUUGAAGAUACAAAUGAAAACAUUUUUUUUUGUGAAAAUAGAAAAAUUGUUACUUUGCUGAUUUUUUUUUACAUAUUGCGUUAUUGUUCUAAAUGAAAAUGUGUAAUUGUUACUGUUUUAUACAGCAUUGUUCCUUUGCUUAAGAUCACUUUGUUGCUGGUAAAACUACUACUGUUCAGUUACUGGUUCCUCACUGGUUUGAUUUUACGUAUGUUUAUUCUAAUUAAAAUGUUGAAAUGGACUUGUACUUGCUGGUUAUUACUCACAUUUUUCUCUUCACUCACCUAUUUGGACCCUGAAUGUGCUUUAAAUCAAGCUAAAAGGAUUUAAAUCUUACUAUUUAUGUGGUUACAAACUUUAUUCUGUUACACUGUAGUAAUUGGUGACUGGUAAUAAUUGGUAUAAUUUUUUUAUUGGAGUGGUGGGGUGGAAAGGGAAAGGACAAUGCAGCACUGUGGAUCUGGUAUUUGGUUUCCACAGCAACCCAUAUUAAAUUACGUAGAGGCUUACAGGUGGUGGACUUUAAACAGAGGCGGAGGGACAGGUGACGCAGACCACAGGGAACUCUCUUCUUCCUGGAAAGAAACCAAGCAACUGCAAAAAUGGCUAAAUUCUUCACACCAGUUCAAAUCAAUGAGUUGAAGGAGUGCUUCUCCUUGUAUGACAAGAAGCAAAAGGGCAAGAUUGUUGCCAAAGACCUGAUCACAGUUAUGCGCUGCCUGGGUACAAGCCCCACGUUUGGUGAAAUCGAAAGACAUCUACAAGUUCACAAAAUUGAAAAGACAGGUGAGCUGGACUUCUCUACGUUUCUGAUGAUGAUGCACAGACAGAUGCAACAGGAAGACCCCAAGACAGAAAUCCUGGAGGCCUUGAGGAUGACGGACAAACAGAAGAAGGGAUACAUCCAGGCAUCUGAGCUCCGGGCCAAGCUCACCAUGUUGGGAGAGAAACUAACAAACAAAGAAGUGGAUGAUCUCUUCAAAGAGGCAAAUGUCAAGUCAGACGGGACUAUCAACUACGAAGAGUUCACCCAGAUGGUGACGCUGCCACCUGUGGAUUAUUGAUUUUUCAGCCAUGAUGGGUUUACAUACAAUGAACUUCAGAAA